UUCCAGGAAGCCACUUUUGGCCAGUAUGCCUAGUCAGGGAGAAGACUGCUAUUUCUAUUUCUAUUCUACAUGCACCAAAGGUGACAGCUGCCCAUUCCGUCACUGUGAAGCUGCACUAGGACAUGAAAAUGUCUGCACCCUAUGGCAAGAAGGCCGUUGUUUUCGACGGGUGUGCAGAUUUCGCCACAUGGAAAUUGACAAAAAACGAAGUGAAAUUCCUUGCUAUUGGGAAAAACAGCCAACGGGAUGUCAGAAACUAAACUGUGCUUUCCACCACACCAGAAGUCGUUAUGUUGAUGGCGUGUUCCUACCUCCAAGCAAAACUGUGUUACCCACUGUGCCUGAGUCACAAGAAGUAAAGGCUAGCCAGCUCACGGGUCACCGGAACAAGUUGUUUGUUCAACCUAACUCCUCUCUUCAGCUUCGGAGUGAAAUGAAAGUAGAGAGUUCAGGAAAAGUUCCCAUCCCCAAACAUCCGACUGUUAUAAUCAAUAUUGCAGAUGAUGAUGAUGAUGAUGAGUUUUCUGAGGAGGUCGAGGAAAGCAAAACACCUGCCCCGCAACCAACUCCUCACAUCCAUAAUGGAUUACCAGUAGCUUCUGCCCACAAACCUGGAGUCAAUUUAAAGCAAGGCGAAUGUUUAAAUUUUGGAAUAAAAACUCUUGAGGAAAUUAAAUCAGAGAAGAUGAAGGAAAAAUCCAAGAAGGAAGGUGGCUCCUUGGGAGUUUCCAGUAUUUUGCCUCAGCCUCAGUCCAAUCCAGGCCCUGAGAAGAAUAUUCAGACACUGGUGAGGACUGUAAAUCUAUCAAGCAAACAGAAAGAGCCCUUGGUUAGACUGAGUAUUACUGAGAGACUGGGGAAACGAAAACUGUCAGUGGGUGGUGACAGUGAUCCCCCAUUAAAGCGAAGCCUUGCACAGAGGCUGGGAGAAAGAGUGGAAGCACCAGAAACUGAUAUUGAUAAACCACCAAAGAAAAUGCGAGUUCAUAAUGUCGGUGAGAUUCACGGGAAGGCUUUAGAAGAGAUUCUUCUCGACAGAGCCAGUCAGAAACGUGGAGAACUGCAAACGAAACUGAAGACAGAAGAACCUGCAGGAGCUGAUGAUUCUCCAUCAGGAACAGGAAGUUCUUCCUCAGUGCGGAUCAAAACCUUCUCUGAGGUCCUGGCUGAAAAGAAACAUCGGCAGCAGGAAAUGGAAAGACAGAAAUCCAAAAAGGAUACCGGUUGCCUAGAGCUAAGAGAAGAUACUGAAGUGAAAAAGACAGCGAGUCUGCCUACUACUGCUGUUAGCCAAGGACAGCCAGAGGAGACAGGUCGACGCAGGAGGUGUGUGUCUCAGUUCCCAAAUUGGCUCCCAAACGCAAGGCUGUGGAGGUGCACUGUGCCCCCAUCGCAGCGGUGA